AUGGCAACAAGAACGGGACAUCUUAUGCACAAACUAGUUUCUCCUCAACAAGUUGCUUAUGUCAAUGGUAGAUGUAUUCAAGAUCAGAUUAUGCUUGCUUCUGAAAUGGUAAAUGAGAUGGUAAAAAAGAGAAGAUGUGGCAAUGUGGGGCUUAAGCUUGAUAUUUCUCAAGCUUAUGAUUCAUCUGCAAGAAUUUCUGUGAUGGUUGAUGGGGGUCCCUGUGGUUUCUUCUCAGUAGGCAGGGGAUUGAGAAAAGGGGAUCCCUUGUCUCACAUUCUUUUUGUAUUACUGGAGGAAGCAUUAAGUAGAAGAUUAACUCAGAUGGUGGAAGCAGGCUUAAUAUUUCCAAUGGUUGUAAGAAAGGGUAUUCGUCCAACUCAUUUACUAUUUGCAGAUGAUGUUUUCAUUUUCUGUAAUGAUGCAAAGAAGAGAAUUCUAAACUUGAUGAAGUUUCUUGAAGAUUAUCAAAAGAGUUCUGGUCAGAUAAUAAAUAAACAUAAAAGUAAAAUGUUCAUUGAUGGUGGUGCUGAACUGAGAAAAAGUCAACUUAAACAAAUGAUUCAAAUGGAAAAAACUGUAUUCCCAGAUAAAUAUCUUGGGGUUAUUCUAUAUGUUGGAAGGGUAAAAGUCUCAACAGUAUGGCCAAUGGUAGAACUGAUGCAGAAGAAACUUGCUACAUUGAAAGGUUUGAAAUGGGCCUGGGAAGCCCUCAAGGAAGAUGUUAGAUGGAGAAUUGGUGAUGGUAAACAAAUAUAUGUCUGGUUUGAUAAUUGGAUUGAGGAAGGCACAUUAAUAGAUAAAAUUGGUUAUACAUCUUUUGUAAAUGACAAUAUCCACUUGAAAAUUUCUGAUAUCAUAGCUGAUGGUGUUUGGUAUCUGCCAACUGAGCUUCAACAGACAAUUUCAAAUGGGCAAUUACCUGAAAUUUGUGGAGGAGCAGAUGUCUUAAUAUGGACAAGAAACUUAAAACGUAAAUUUUCUAUGCCUGAAGCUUUAAAUAAAAUUAGAGAUAAAGAACAGGAAAACAAGAAAUUCUUUGAUAAUAUAAAGCCAAAUGCUAAGGCUUUUAAAUGCAGAAUUCUCAAGUUAGUGAAUGAAGGAGGCUUAAGAAUGACAGGAACCAAAUGGAAUCAAACUUAUGAUAAUGAAAUAAUAACAAGAUUUGAUUUGGGACCUAGAUAUUCUAAAUUUCAGGUCAUUAAAAGAUUCCAAUGGAGUCCACCUGAAAUUGGUUUUGUAAUGUUCUGCUGUAAUGGUUCUUCAUUUGGGAAUCCUGGUGCAGCAGGCUUUGGAAUUGUUGUAAGAAACUUAGAUUGUCAGGUGGUUGCUACUUUAUCUGGAGGUAUUGGGAUUGCUUCAAAUUAUCUAGCUGAAACUUAUGGUGUCAUAAAUGCAAUGGAAUUAGCAGUACAAUGGGAGCUGCAGAACAUCAUAAUUGUGUCAGACUCAAAAACAGUAAUUGUAGAGUUUAUUCAAGGAAAUGUUCCCUGGUUUAUUAAAGGAAGAUGGUUGAAAGCUAUUAAGCAGUUUAAGCAAAUAAAAUAUAUGCAGUUACAGGGAGGUCAAUUUCUCUGCUGA